AUGCAGCUGAACCCCAAGGUGAGCGCCUUCCAGCGGCGCUUCGUGGGCGAGGUGCGGCGCUGCGAGGAGAUGGAGAAGACCUUCACGCCCUCGCCGUGUCCCCGCAGCUUCGUGGCCGGCGUCAUUCACCCGUGGCGGGUGAGCGCCUUCGAGCGGCUGCUGUGGCGCGCCUGCCGCGGCUACCUGGUGGCCAGCUUCGUGGAGAUGCCUGAGCCCAUGGAGGACCCAGCCACGGGCGAGAACAUCACCUGGGUCAUCUUCCUCAUCUCCUACUGGGGUGAGCAGAUUGGGCAGAAGAUCCGCAAGAUCUCAGACUGCUUCCACUGCCACGUGUACCCCUACCCGGAGAGCGAGGCCAGCCGGGCGGACACCAUGAGCGGGCUGCACAGCCAGAUCCAGGACCUCAGCGUGGUGCUGGAGGAGACGGAGCAGUACCUGGCGCAGGUGCUGGACAAGGUGGUGCUGGCGCUGCCCACCUGGAGGGUGCAGGUGCAGAAGAUGAAGGCCAUCUACCUCGUCCUCAACCAGUGCAGCUUCGAUGUCACCGAGAAGUGCCUCAUCGCCGAGGUCUGGUGCCCCGUGCGGGACCUCACCCAAGUGCAGGACGCUCUGCGCCAGGGAUCGUACAAGAGCGGCUCGAGCGUGGAGUGCUUCGUGCAGCGCAUCCCCACCUCGGAGAGCCCCCCCACCCUCAUCCGCACCAACAAGUUCACCGCCGGCUUCCAAAGCAUCGUGGACGCCUACGGGGUGGCCAGCUACCAGGAGGUGAACCCCGCGCCCUACGCCAUCAUCACCUUCCCCUUCAUCUUCGCCAUCAUGUUUGGGGACGUGGGGCACGGGCUGCUCAUGUUCCUCUUCGCUCUCUGGAUGGUGCUGUACGAGAACAGCCCCAGCCUGCAGCAGGCCAGCAACGAGAUCUGGCAGACGUUCUUCGAGGGGCGCUACCUCAUCCUGCUCAUGGGGGCUUUCUCCAUCUACACCGGCUUCAUCUACAACGAGUGCUUCAGCAAAGCCACCGUCAUUUUCCCCUCCGCCUGGAGCGUGGCCACCAUGGCCAACCACUCUUCCUGGAGCUCUGCCUACCUCGCCACCCACCCGUCCCUCACCCUGGACCCCAACAUCACCGGUGUCUUCCAAGGGCCCUAUCCUUUUGGGAUUGACCCAAUCUGGAGCUUGGCCACCAACCACCUCAACUUCCUCAACUCCUUCAAGAUGAAGAUGUCCGUGGUGCUGGGCGUCGUGCACAUGGGCUUCGGUGUCUUGCUGGGGGUCUUCAACCAUAUGCACUUCCAGCAGCGGCACCGGCUGGUGCUGGAGCUCCUGCCCGAGAUGAUUUUCCUCCUGGCUCUCUUCGGCUACCUCGUCUUCCUCAUCUUCUACAAGUGGGUCAAGUUCAGCGCCGCUGACUCCAGCGUGGCCCCCAGCAUCCUCAUCCACUUCAUCGACAUGUUCCUCUUCACUUCCAACGCUAAGAACCUCCCGCUCUACCAGGGGCAGGUGCCGGUGCAGACCGUGCUGGUGGUGCUGGCGCUGGCGUCGGUGCCCGUCCUGCUCCUGGGGACACCGCUUUACCUGUGCUGCCGGCGGCGCGUGCCGAGGACGGGCCACCCCGCGUCGGAGGUCCUGUGGACCAUGGUGAUGCGCCACGGCUUCGUGGGGCUGAACUACGUGGGCGGCGUGGUGUUAGUGCCCGUCUUCGCCGCCUUCGCCGUGCUGACCGUGGCCAUCCUGCUGGUGAUGGAGGGGCUCUCCGCCUUCCUCCACGCCCUGCGCUUGCACUGGGUGGAAUUUCAGAAUAAGUUUUACGUGGGUGCCGGGUACAAGCUGUGCCCCUUCGCGUUUGCGCCCGACGUCUGGGAGUAG